CAGAAGCCGAGUGGAGCUCAGCUUACGGGGAGCUCGAGAGAAGAAGAUACAAUGAGCACGACCAGUGCAGUGAAUCCCACUCUGCUGACGCCGCUGAGCACUCGUGUCGGAGACUCUGAGGAUGAGACCUGCAGGAGACUCUGGGGGGACCACGGCAGGUACAUUGUGCAGCUCAUCACGGCGAGGCGAGAGGCCCACCUUAGUGAUGCACCCGAGCUUGGGCUGAUGGAUGACGAUGUCUACAUUUCAAAACACCUGCUGCCGCUGCUCUCCCAGGGUGGGCGGGCAUGUGCACAAGGCGCGUCGUAUCUGCGCAGUGUCUCUCUGCAUGUGCUUCUCUCUGCAGGCAUGGAAGAGCUGACCCAGCUCAUUGAGGAAAUGAUGAAAGACGUCAGUCAGUGAUGUGUAUCGACGCACUGAUGUGUCGUGUGUAUUGGGUCGGUGUGCAGGAGCAGAGCCUUCGCACCGACCCCGGCGUGGCGCAGCGGUUCAAUCCUCUCAUCUGGCUGUCUCAGUAUCUGAUGCGCAACCACCCAGGUCGAGAAACACUGUGACUGAUAUUGACACAGAAAUCAACUGAGUGUAAUUCCAACCACCCAGCCUACCUCGACCUGGAAGCGCUCGACGACGUACAGGGCGCCCGCCCACUCAUGGCCACGCGCACAGCGGCAAGAAAAAGAUUCUCUAAGUCGUUUGCUGAAUGCACCGAGGCAGAGGUACUGCUGGAUGGGCGAAGGAAGGGAAAAGCUGGCCACAAGAGAAAGCAUAAGUACAUCGUGCCUCUGUGUCUCAUGGUCUGGAUGGGGUGCAGAAGGGCCGUCGAGAGCUUCUGCGUCGCCGGCCGCUGUUUGAGAAGGCCUUUAUCGAGGAAACCAGUCGGGCCUGUGCGGCAGACUUCCACAGGGACAUCGCACUUCCCAUUAUUGCUAAGAUUGACCGAGACUGCCGCCUGCAAGGCGCGCUGAGGGACAACCUUCAUGUCGACAUGAUUCAAGCGCCGGAAGCAGCACCAGCAGAUGUCAGCUUCGGCGCUUUCUGGGAGGUUUUUGGGCAAACGAUCGAGAAAUAUGGUGACGGUUGGGGCGGCCAAUGACCACGGAAGUCUCUCUCUCGUAUGUACCCAUACUCUGCGUCUGUGUGCUCUUGGUUAGAUUUGAUCCGUGCAGCGGAUUUCGAGAGCGGGUCAGUGAUUCUGGAGGUGAGUGGAGGUGAGAGCUGGUCAUAGGCAGCAGCGCAGUGUGUGUCUCUGUGUUUGUCGUUUUUGUUUGCCUGUGCCAGGAGGAAGCCAGGGAGAGAAAGAGGUAAAUAGCACCCACAACGCACAACAGAGACAUGCGUUUCUGGGUUCGCACCUCACGUCUGCAAGGGCCGAGGAGGAAGGAAGACGCCGCGAGGCGGUAUACCCUCACAGAUACACGAAACACUCACAAACGGCAAUCGACCCUGAUAGAUGGUCCAUCCAUGGGUGAGUGUAGGAGGCAGCCCGUCUGCAAGAGGAGAAGCAGAAGCGUCAAGAUGACUUUUUGCUCUUCAAUUCUUGGAUGGAGGAGAAUGCGGCUCUCCAGAUGAUACUCAAAGGCCAGCAAAGCCUCGUGGGCGUCGAAGAAACCGAGGAGUGGGGUGACUUGACUGGCUGACACUGAGACACACGCCAACCAUACACAGGGAACAGUAUGCCCAUGUGCGUUGAUUGAAUGCGGUUGUCAGUGGCGGGAUGGAGCUGAUGGGUGACCACGUCGUGGUACGCGCCAGCUGAGAGUCAGUCACCUACAGACACACCAAAGACAGGUGGGUAUCGCUGGCAUGUCCACACAGGUAUUGCGGCAGCUGCUGACUCUUUGGGGCUUCCCGCCCGCAUCCCCUGACACCACGGGACAGCUGUCAGAGGUCGGGAGCGCACUCACCCACUCAAAGUGCGGUUAUCUCCUUGUCUGUCUGUCUGUCUGUCUAUCUGUCUGGCGGUCGGUCGGUCGGCAGCUUGAUCCUUGGUGUGAGGUGGACGUGGCGGCAGUGAUGGACUUCCAGGCGGCGAUGGGGAUGCCGGUGGACGGGGCCGUCUCUCAGGUGGUGCUCCAGACGCUCACUGACCAAAGUCCGUUAGUGACGUGAAGCGACUUGAUUCCACGUGAUGUCGUCACAUCAUCUCGAUCUGUGGGUGUGUCAGGUUCGUUUCAGCGCGAGAGGCUGGAUGUGCUCACCCUCGACUCAUGAAAAUGAUGGAUGAUUCGUCGUAGUCUCGCUUAUGGCUUGACACUGCAAGAGAGGGAGGACCCAGGCAUUGUCUCUUUGUGUGUCGCAUCACAUGCCAUCAACCGUCACUGCCCACUCAGACACCUGACGCCCGCGCUGCCCGU